AUGUCCGCUGGGGGAGCCGAAUUUAAAGCUGAGCUGCGUGCCGGCAAGCCCAAGUUUGGUGUGUUCCUUAAUUCCGCCAGUCACCUGCUUGCCGGGCAAUUCAGCCACUCCGGCUACGACUGGUUGUUGAUUGACAUGCAGCACUCCCCAGUGAAUCCGCUGACCCUCAGCCAGUUGAUUGCGGCCAUCCGAACCGGCCCUGCGAAGGUGAUGGUGCGGGUGGGGAGCACGGAGGACCGUCCCGGCAUUCAGAACGCGCUGGACUCUGGCGCCGAUGGGGUGCUGAUUCCGUACGUAAACACCGCAGCGGAGUUGAGGGCUGCGGUGGAGUGCUGUUUCUAUCCGACCGCCGGGACCCGUUCCGUGUACGCGCCGCAGCAGUGCAUGAAUGCGAAGGGACUGCUGGGGUACGCAGGUGAGGCGAACAAGAACGUGGUGGUGGCCUUCCAGGUGGAGACAGCCGAUUGCAUCAAGAACAUGGACGAGAUUAUGGCAGUCAAAGGUGUCGAUAUCGCCUUCCUGGGGCAAAACGACCUUUGCAUGUCAAUGGGUCUGUAUGAAAAGUACGUGUUCCCUGAAAUGUACACCUCGCCGGAGCUAAACGAGGCGACCGAAAGACUCAUUGCGGCAGCGCGCAAAAACAAUGUCAUCCUGGGUCUCUUUCUCUUCGGUACGGACCGCGUGGGGGAAUUUCUGCAGAAGGGCUUCACGUUCAUCAGCAUCGGCAGCGAGCUGCACCACGCCCUGACACAGGCCUCCACGCAUGUGAAGACUCUGGAGCAGAUUGCCAAUGCGGGUGGAAAGCCGUGGAAGCAUCAGCCAAGCGCGAUUGUGUAA